CCCUGGCUAGUUGGUGCCGCCUUUGACCUCCGACGCCCGGGGCAAGGGGACCCAACGGGGGAAAACGAGAGAAAAGGGCCACCGCUGAGACAGUCCCGCGGGCUCGCGAGGGAGGCGAACGGACCGGAGAGGGGAGACCCCUGGGAGCGCCCGGCACCCCGCCAGCAUGUGCGAGCUAUACAGCAAGCAAGACACCCUGGCGCUGAGGAGAAAGCACAUCGCUUUUCAAUCCUAUAUAGUUAGAUUCCAAUGAAAACCUAAUGAUUUCUGACGUGAGCAGAACAAAGUCUGUGAAAGGAGGAAUGGUAGCCAUGGAAUGACUGAGAAAGAAUUUCACCUGAAGUCUGAGUGAGAAGAUGGGAAGUACAUUAACAAGGAGGCAAGGCCCUCCUGCAAAGUUUUCUUUGCUGCGGAUCCCAUCAAAAUAGUGCGAGCCCGGGGGCAGUACAUGUUUGACGAGAAAGGUGAACAGUACUUGGAUUGCAUCAACAACGUAGCCCACGUGGGACACUGCCACCCAGAAGUGGUCAAAGCUGCCCAGAAACAGAUGGAACUACUAAAUACAAAUUCUCGAUUCCUCCACGACAACAUUGUUGAGUAUGCCAAGCGCCUGUCAGCAACCCUGCCGGACAGACUCUCUGUGUGCUAUUUUACAAAUUCAGGAUCUGAAGCCAAUGACUUAGCCUUACGCCUGGCUCGGCAGUUCAGAGGCCACCAAGACGUGAUCACUCUUGACCAUGCUUACCAUGGUCACCUAUCAUCUUUAAUUGAGAUCAGUCCAUAUAAAUUUCAAAAGGGCAAAGAUGUCAAGAAAGAAUUUGUGCAUGUGGCACCAGCUCCAGAUACUUACAGAGGAAAAUACAGAGAAGACCAUACAGACCCGGCCAGUGCUUAUGCCGACGAAGUGAAGAAAAUUAUUGACGAAACUCAUAACAGUGGAAGGAAGAUUGCUGCCUUUAUUGCUGAAUCCAUGCAGAGUUGUGGCGGACAAAUAAUUCCUCCAGCAGGCUACUUCCAGAAAGUGGCAGAAUAUGUACACGGAGCAGGAGGUGUGUUUAUAGCUGAUGAAGUUCAAGUAGGCUUUGGCCGAGUUGGGACACAUUUCUGGAGCUUCCAAAUGUUUGGUGAAGAUUUCGUUCCAGACAUCGUCACAAUGGGAAAACCAAUGGGCAAUGGCCACCCAGUGGCAUGCGUGGUAACAACCAAAGAAAUUGCAGAAGCCUUCAGCAGCUCUGGGAUGGAAUAUUUCAAUACGUAUGGAGGAAAUCCAGUAUCCUCUGCUGUUGGUUUGGCCAUCCUGGAUGUAAUUGAAAAUGAAGACCUUCAGGGAAAUGCCACAAGAGUAGGGAAUUAUCUUACCAAAUUACUGAACAAGCAGAAGGCUAAACAUACUUUGAUAGGAGAUAUCAGGGGCGUUGGCCUUUUUAUUGGAAUUGACUUAGUGAAGGACCAUCAGGAAAGGACCCCCGCUACAGCUGAAGCUCAGCACAUCAUCUACAAGAUGAAAGAAAAGCGAGUGCUUCUCAGUGCCGAUGGACCUCACAGGAAUGUGCUUAAAAUAAAACCACCUAUGUGCUUCACUGAAGAAGAUGCCAAGUUUAUGGUGGACCAGCUGGAUGAGAUUCUAACAGGUUUAGAAGAAGCUGUUGGAACCAAAACUGAGAGUGUGAUCUCUGAGAAUACUCCGUGCAGAACCAAGAUGCCUGAGGAAGCCCACUCGGAAUUGCUCAGUGACGGCAGCCCGGACCCCAAAGAAAAUCCCAGCCUAAAAAGAAAUGGAUUGUGCACAGAUAAACAUUCACUGCUCAGUAAGAGGCUCAAGACAUGAGAGACGAGCAUUUUACAGCAAGAUAAAUGUCCGGAGUUACACACAAUGAAUGGAAGUGUCCCUUCUGUUAAAGCUCUAUUAUACCCGCCAAAGGAAGACUCUGCAUUCCAUUCAGAGGUAUAAAUAAAGUAAAUGAGUAAUAAGAAUAAUCCAAGUGAUAAUCAAACUUGUCAAGAUUUAGCCUCUAGCCUGUUAGUUCCUUACUUGAGAUUUCUGAAAGUACUUCAUUUAUUCUACUCAAUUUCAGCUUCAAAUGGAAUAUUUAUUAAGUUGGAAGUUUUACGUCUCAUGUUUUAAUAUUUGACACGACAGAGCAAAGUACAGUAGUAGGUUCCUGAACUUUGGAGACUCUGACUUCUUUAAUGAUUUAAUUUGUAUAUAUUUAUGGACUAUAAUAAAAUAAAAGAUGAUGUAAACCAAAAAAGUUUGACCAGAAAAAUGUUUACCGUUCCUUUGCGGAGAACACUGGGGCAGUAAAAUCAACGCUACUUGGAAAAAAAUCACAUACAGCAAAUGUGAAGAAGUGAAUGAAUAAUUUGGACUUUUGUUGGGGAACUAGGUUAAUCAUGGUCCUGUGGGGACGAGGGUGGAGGUGAAGAGGCCAAACAAGGAGUACAUCUAGAAACACUCCUAAACAUGCUGUUGGGAGACCUCAGCUCUGACUACUCAGACUGUCACCUUGGCAAGUCACUUACCUGUUAGGUGAGAAAUUAACUUUCCACCAAUCAUCUUCCUCUUCUCAUCCAGCUUAUCACCUUUGCACAACCCCUGACACAUAGAGAUACACACAUUUCUAACCAGAGAUUGACAAAGGGAAGUGAGGAAACCCAGAACCUCAAGAAUCUCUUCCUUAAAAGUCCUGGUGCCGGGCUUCCCUGGUGGCGCAGUGGUUGGGGGUCCGCUUGCCGAUGCAGGGGACGAGGGGUUCGUGCCCCGGUCCGGGAGGAUCCCGCGUGCCGCGGAGCAGCUGGGCCCGUGAGCCAUGGCCGCUGAGCCUGCGCGUCCGGAGCCUGUGCUCCGCAACGGGAGAGGCCACGACAGUGAGAGGCCCGCGUACCGCAAAAAAGAAAGAAAGAAAAAUAAAAAGUGCUUGUGCCAUGAGACAGC